AUGCCUCACCCAUGCCCUCGUGCCUCACCCAUGCCCUCUGAGGACAUGAAGGUGGCCACAGACCUGAUGGUCCGCGCCGCGGUCUCCUCGUCUACCCUCACCUUCGACUCCCUCUUGUCUGCGCACACGGCCCCGCAGACUGCAGACGAGGCCCAGCAGACGGCAGGCGAGGGCUGCAGAGUGCAGACUCUGCUGCACCGUCUGCCUCGCCUGCUGCUCCUGCAGCUGCAGAUGUUCAGACAGACGACAGACGGGAAAGGGGCUGUCGAGAAAGCCUGUCUACCCGUCCAGCUCGAUGAUGUCUUAAACAUCAGAAAAUCGUGGCUGAGUGAGAAGCUCCGUCGGGACCUCACCUCCGCCCCCCACGGGGUGGCCGCCCCCCGUACUCCUAACACUGAAGGUACGGCGGCUAACACCGCCACCGCCACCGCCACCUCCGCCACGGACCACGCGUUAUCCUACGAGUUGGUGGCGGUGGUGUUCCACGUGGGCACGUCCAUGCACGCGGGCCACUACCGCUGCGCGGUGCUCGCGUCCGACGACCGCGGCGUGGCCACGUGGUGCCUCUGCGACGAUGACGUCAUCACGGUCUACCGGGACCUGCGCAGCCUUAAGAGUGACGACGAAACAGAGACUCCAUACCUCCUGCUAUUCAGAAGAAUGGACGCUAAAGAUACCCUUCACCGAAAUGCGUGUCAGAUGACGGAAGAGAUUACAAGCUCUAUAGUGUCGAGUCAAGAUACAGUUUUGUGUAAAUGCCCUUCCUCGGAAAAUCCUAAUCAGGAACCCCAGAGAUUUGAGAACCAAAUGGAUGAAGUGGAGGAAAAGAUAAAUUGGAUUUCAUUGCAUCGCAAUUCACCGAUUCGCAGCGAAGGGAUGUUUGAGUCAGACGACUGCCCUCCCCGCGCAAGAAUCAUAACGAUGCGGAUGGGAAACGAGUACACGGCUUGUACAGAAAUGUUCAACGCAGAUUUCGGCUUUUAUAUGCCCAUGCCUUGUGACCAUGAUGGGUCGACAUCCGGGACAUCCGGGCAAAUGUAUGAAACUGAUGAAUCGUUAUGCGGAAGUGAUGAAACCGCCUAUUCAGAUGAAGGAACCGUAGAUGAAGGUGAAUCUUUUCUCUACGAAGGAGACUCCAUAACUGAAGUCGAUGAAGAAAUUGUCCUGGAAAAUGGAUCAAUAAUGAGAUGGACCUACCUCCAACCNGAGGCCGACGAGUCCGCGGCUGUUGUUGCCGAGGCCGACGAGUCCGCGGCUGUUGUUGCCGAGGCCGACGAGUCCGCGGCUGUUGUUGCCGAGGCCGACGAGUCCGCGGCUGUUGUUGCCGAGGCCGACGAGUCCGCGGCUGUUGUUGCCGAGGCCGACGAGUCCGCGGCUGUUGUUGCCGAGGCCGACGAGUCCGCGGCUGUUGUUGCCGAGGCCGACGAGUCCGCGGCUGUUGUUGCCGAGGCCGACGAGUCCGCGGCUGUUGUUGCCGAGGCCGACGAGUCCGCGGCUGUUGUUGCCGAGGCCGACGAGUCCGCGGCUGUUGUUGCCGAGGCCGACGAGUCCGCGGCUGUUGUUGCCGAGGCCGACGAGUCCGCGGCUGUUGUUGCCGAGGCCGACGAGUCCGCGGCUGUUGUUGCCGAGGCCGACGAGUCCGCGGCUGUUGUUGCCGAGGCCGACGAGUCCGCGGCUGUUGUUGCCGAGGCCGACGAGUCGGCGGCUGUUGUUGCCAAUGCCGACGAGUCUGUGGCGGCUGUUGUUGCCAAUGAAUGGCCCGGCGCCCCCAGAUCUUCAGUAAAGAUUCGUCGAAGUUUUGGGACCAUAACCCCUUGUUUUGGCUGGGGGUUCGGUGUAGUCCAUAUCUCUCCUUGUGGGUCCGACGCAGAGAGCGAGACCGAAUCUGAGGAAUGGACCGAUGAUGGUGACUGGACUACCGAUGAUGGUGGUGACGAUUUAUGA